CAGAGAGAAAGAAAGAAAGUAAAGAGCAUGAGCAGUUGCACGAGAACCAAGCUCUCGAGUCCCCAAGUGCUAAAACAACAUAACCCAACCCUGUUGCUAGUUCGCUCGUACAGCACUCCCUAGCUACUCAAAAAAAUGUCCAAGUAAAUAUCUUGUCCUGAUUUCUCACCCAUCUCUUAAGUUCUGGAUUGCUGAGAGAGCCAUGAGAAAUUUCAAUCUCUUUCUCAUUUUCAUAGCAUUUGUUGGUUAUACAGUCCAAUUUGAAGCGCAUGCCGCUCCUGCGGGGCCAUUGAUCAAACACUUGUCAUCUAUACUCAAAUGGACCAGGUCAUCCUCCAAAACACCCCAAUCAGAUGGGAAUGUUCUUCAGUUUGAGAAUGGGUACUUAGUUGAGACUGUUGUGGAAGGAAGUGAGAUUGGAGUGGUUCCUUACAGAAUCCGCAUCUCUGAGGAUGGCGAACUCUUUGCCGUCGAUGAAGUUAAUAGCAAAGUUGUUAGGAUUACUCCUCCAUUGUCUCAAUAUAGUAGGGGAAGAUUGGUUGCUGGGUCUUUUCAAGGUUACACAGGGCAUGUGGACGGAAAACCUAGUGAUGCUCGUUUUAAUCACCCCAAAGGCAUAACCAUGGAUGAUAAAGGCAAUGUGUAUGUUGCCGACACCUUAAACCUUGCCAUCAGGAAGAUCGGUGAUGCUGGUGUGACAACCAUUGCUGGGGGGAAAUCAAAUGUGGCAGGGUACAGGGAUGGCCCAAGCGAGGAUGCAAAGUUCUCUAAUGAUUUUGAUGUGGUAUAUAUUAGGCCUACCUGUUCCUUGUUAGUUAUUGAUAGAGGAAAUGCUGCUCUUCGGCAAAUCUCUCUCAACCAGGAGGAUUGUGAUUAUGAGGACAGUUCAAUUUCUGCCACAGAUGUGCUUAUGGUUGUUGGUGCUGUCUUGGUGGGAUAUGCUACAUGUAUGCUUCAGCAGGGACUUGGACCUACUUUUUCCUCGAGGACGCAGCAACUUGCAGACAGUGAAUUUAAGGAUCAUUCAGGCAAGGAAAAACCCACUCCCAUCGUGGAUAGUGUAAAAGAGGAACCAGGAUGGCCUUCUUUUGGACAACUCAUCAUCGAUCUGUCCAAGCUUGCACUUGAAGCAUUGGCUGGCAUGCUCCUUUAUUUUGUACCCUCUCGAUUCAGAACCGGUCGCCACAGGAAUGGCCUCACUCCAUUAAAAGAUUCCCUGCGGAUGCCCGAAGAUGAAGCUGAGCCUGCAUUUGUUCAGAGACAGACAACUACUGCUCCUCUUCCCGAAACUCGACAAGCCCAUGCUCCUAAUAAAAGUGAUAGAUACUCGGAAAUGAAGCCCUCGAAGGUCAAAUCAGCCAGCUUUAAGGACCCCUCGGUGUCAAGCAAGCACCGUUCUUCAAAGCGACCGGAGUAUGGAGACUUCUAUGGAUCGGGUGAGGUUCCUCCUCCUUAUGGCAAGUCUAAGAGCCAGAAAGAAAGAACAAGGCAUCGCCAACGAGAUAAAAAUGAAGCGGCUUUUGAGGCAGUGGGAGCAGAGCCAAAGCCUGUUGAGAUGAAGGCAGGGCAUUAUGAGAUUCCCAAGUUUGAGCAUUAUAAUAAUAUCAGGAGUAAGUAUGGGUCAGAUGAUUCCUUUCGAUUUUGAUCAAACUCCCCCGCCUAUUUUGUUCCCAUAUGCUUGUUUUGAGGUAGUCUGUAAUGGAAUCAAUGCUGUAACCAAGGAUGUGUGUUUUAGAGAUAAAUAGAGAUGCAGG